CGGCCGCCGCGGAGCGAGCCAUGCGGGGGGCGAGGCGGCUGGCGGCUCUGCUGUGCCCCCUCUCCCUGCUCGUCACCGCGUCGUGGGGAGUCCGCUUCCACCCUGGACAAGAGACGUUGGUGAAGCAACUCUCCUCUUACGAAAUCAUCACACCUGUCCGAGUGAAUGAGUUUGGAGAAGUUUUCCCUCACACGCAUCAUUUCAGAAGGAGGAAAAGGAGCUUGGAGGCACCGCUGGAGCCCGCUGCUUUCCGAACACAUUACCAGCUCAGAGCGUACGGGCAGGUCUUCCAGCUCAACCUGAGUGCUGAUGCAGGCUUCCUUGCUGCUCAGUACACGGUGGUGCACGUCGGGGUCCCGCAGAAGCAGCCGUCCCCUGAUUUGCGCCACUGUUUCUACCGCGGGCAUGUCAAUGCCCAGGAAACGCACAUGGCUGUCUUCAGCAUCUGUGGUGGUUUGAUGGGCACCUUCAAGGCACAUGAUGGUGAAUACAUUUUAGAACCUCUGAUGAAAGAAGAUGGAGGUGAACAUGAAGAUGAACAUAACAAACCCCAUCUUAUAUACAGGCAUGAUGAACUUAAAAAAGAGUAUCAGAAAUCCCAUAAACCUUGUGAAGUUUCAGAGAAUGAGUUGAAGAAGAGCACUUUAUUACAUCCAACCUUCAGCAGUUUAGAUGAAAAGAGCAGUGUUUUACAGAAGUCUCUCAGUUUAGAGUAUGCUUUAAAUAACCUCUCCAUAAAGGAUGGUGGCAAUCUGCAUUCCAGGAAGAAACGUUUUCUUUCCUAUCCAAGAUAUGUAGAAGUGAUGGUCACAGCUGACACCAAAAUGGUUCGUCACCAUGGGCAGAAUUUACAGCACUAUGUAUUAACAUUGAUGUCAAUAGUUGCAGCAAUCUAUAAAGAUUCAACUAUUGGAAAUCUUAUAAAUAUAGUUAUUGUCAAAUUAAUUGUAAUUCACAAUGAACAGGAAGGACCAGCUAUCACUUUUAAUGCAGCUACCACUCUGCGUAAUUUUUGCUUAUGGCAGCAAGCACAAAACACUUUGGAUGAUACCCACCCUUCUCAUCAUGAUACUGCUGUUCUUAUCACUAGGGAAGAUAUCUGCAGAGCUAGAGAGAAGUGUGAUACUCUUGGUUUAGCAGAGCUAGGUACAAUGUGCGACCCACUACGCAGUUGUUCUGUAAGUGAAGAAAAUGGAUUGAGUGCUGCUUUUACUAUUGCACAUGAGCUUGGACAUGUGUUUAAUGUGCCUCAUGAUGAUAGUUUUAAAUGUAAAGAAGCUGGUAUUAAACACCAAUAUCAUGUGAUGGCUCCAACUUUAAAUUAUCAUACAAGUCCAUGGACCUGGUCAAAAUGCAGUCAAAAAUACAUCACUGAAUUUCUUGAUACUGGUUAUGGUGAAUGCCUCCUAGACAAACCUAGUGAAGGAGCAUACCAUCUCUCCUCUCAGCUGCCUGGCUCAGUGUAUGAUGUCAACAAGCAGUGUGAGCUUACAUUUGGUAUUGGGUCACAAGUAUGCCCUUACCUGAAACAAUGCAAACGCUUAUGGUGCACAAGCACAGAAGGUGUUCACAAGGGUUGUCGUACUCAGCACAUGCCUUUGGCUGAUGGAACAGCAUGUGGUGUAGGCAUGCACUGUCGCCAUGGAAUUUGUGUGAGCAGAGAAAUGGAGCUGCGCCCUGUAGAUGGAGAAUGGGGACCAUGGGGACCUUAUAGCUCGUGUUCAAGAACCUGUGGAGGUGGAAUCAAGAGCACCACCAGGCUGUGCAAUCGACCAGAGCCAAGAAAUGAAGGAAAGUACUGUGUUGGUCGCAGGAUGAAAUUUCGGUCAUGUAAUACUGAUUCAUGUCCAAAAGGCAAAAAAGAUUUUCGGGAGCAACAGUGCUCUGAAUUUGAUGGCAAACACUUUAAUAUCAAUGGUCUUACCUCUGCUGUUCGCUGGGUUCCGAAAUACAGUGGUAUUUCUAUGAAAGAUCGCUGUAAACUUUUUUGCCGAGUUUCUGGAACAACUUCCUACUAUCAGCUGAAGGACAGAGUUGCUGAUGGUACUCCCUGUGGAGCAGAAACCAAUGACCUUUGUGUUCAAGGCUUAUGCAGGCAAGCAGGCUGUGAUCACGUUUUGAAUUCAAAGGCAAGGAGAGACAAAUGUGGAAUCUGUGGUGGUGAUAAUUCUUCAUGUAAGACACUUGCAGGUACUUUCAACAGUGCUCAUUAUGGUUACAAUGUUGUAGUAAAUAUUCCCAAAGGAGCAACAAACAUUGAUAUUCAACAGCACAGCUACUCAGGGAAACCAGAAGAUGACAACUACCUUGCUUUAUCAGAUGCCCACGGAAAUUUUAUCUUGAAUGGAAAUUUUGUUGUAAGCAUGUCAAAAAGAGAAAUCAAUAUACAAGGAGCCAUUUUCGAGUACAGUGGUUCAAACAAUACCAUAGAACGAAUUAACAGCACUGAUAAAGUUGAAGAAGAACUAACCUUACAGGUUUUGUGUGUAGGGAAUUUAUACAACCCUGAUGUGCGCUAUUCAUUCAAUGUCCCGAUAGAAGAUGGAAGUGAUCUGUUUACGUGGGAUCCUUAUGGACCCUGGCAAGAUUGCAGCAGGAUGUGCCAAGGUAUUCGAAGAAGAAGAAUGACAUGUAUACGUAAAAGUGAUCGUGUGGUAGUGUCUGAUCAAAGAUGUGAACUUUUACCCACCGUACCAAGUGUCUUUGAGGAGUGUAACACAGAGUGUGAAUUAAGGUGGCACAGUGUUGGCAAAAGUGACUGUACAUCAAAGUGUGGCCCAGGACAUCGGUCUGUUGAGAUCCACUGCAUGAAGUACUCUAUUGCAAGAGGACUCAGUGCCCCAGUGGAGGAUAAGUACUGUGCUGAUCAGCAGAAACCACCAGCCAGGGAGCCUUGCCAUGGUGACUGUACGUUAAGAAGUUGGCACUACACAGAAUGGUCAGAGUGUUCCAGGAGCUGUGCAAGAGGUGUCAGAACCAGAGAAGCUUUUUGUAUGAACAACUUGGGACGUCAUCUUCCUGACAGAGAAUGCCAGGAACUUCCAAGAGUUGUAACAGAGAGCUGCAACGAAUUCUUAUGUCCAAGCUGGUCAGUUACUGACUGGAGUGAGUGUCCUGUGACAUGUGGCAAAGGAAUGAAGCAUCGUCAAGUCUGGUGCCACCUUAAUGAUGAACAACUGAGAGAUGAUUUCUGUAACCCAAAUGACAGACCAGAGUCACUAACACCGUGUGAACUUCAUGAAUGUGCAUCUUGGCAAGUAGGGCCUUGGGGAUCAUGUGCUGUAACAUGUGGACGCGGACACCAGGUGCGCGCAGUCAGGUGUGUAACUGGCACGUACCGCGUUAUUCUGGACGACGACAGGGAGUGCAACGCUGCCACUCGUCCCAGGGACAGUCAAGAAUGUGAAUUGCCCUCUUGUCCAGAAAAAACAAAAUUAUGGACUACUUCACUUCCUCUAGUUCAUGUGGGGAAGGUGACCCAAUGGAGAUACGGAUCAUGGACCCCAUGUUCUGCAUCCUGUGGGAAGGGCGAUCGUGCUCGCUAUGUGAGUUGUAGAGAUGCUCAUGGAGAGAUAGCAGAUGAGUCUUUGUGUGCUCAUUUACCACGACCAGCUGAAAUUUCAAGCUGCUUUAGCCCAUGUGGAGAGUGGAAAGUUGGAAAUUGGUCCCCUUGCACAGUCACGUGUGACAGUGGAAUAGUAACAAGACAAGUCAUCUGUGUCAAUUAUCAUCAGCAAAUCAGUGAGAAUUAUUGUGAUCCUGAAGGCCGACCUCCUACAGAACAAGAAUGUAACAUGCCACCAUGCCCACCACUUUAUUAUCCUGUUCCAAAACUACAUGACCAUCCAAGCCAUUUUCCAGAAACAGGUUACCUCCCAAUACACCCUCCACAAGACAAUUUAAACCGGUGGAACCGUCCUUCCGUGGGAGGACAUCAAUGGAGAACUGGACCCUGGGGAGCAUGCUCUAGUACUUGUGCAGGUGGAUUUCACCGGCGAGUUGUAGUAUGUCAAGAUGAGGAAGGAAGAAGUGCCAGUAACUGUGAUGAGGCAACAAAACCUUCAGAGUCAAGACACUGUGAUUCUGGACCCUGCCCACAGUGGAACUUUGGGAACUGGGGAGAAUGUACUCAGACUUGUGGAGAUGGAAUAAAGACAAGACUGGUGAUUUGUCAGCUUCCUACUGGCCAAAUGUUGGGUGAUCAAAACUGUGAAAUUCUAGACAAGCCACCCAACAUGGCACAAUGUAAUGUGCAUUCUUGUCCUGGUGAUGUUUCUUGGCAUCGGGGACCGUGGAAAUCGUGUUCUGUUUCCUGUGGAAAAGGUUUGAAGUUCCGUGAUGUGCAUUGUAUUAACAGCUUCCAAGCGAAAAUAGAAGAGGACAACUGCAAACACUUGAAAAAGCCACGAACAUACAAAAUAUGCAGAGCUGGAAGAUGUCCUUCUUGGAAGGCCAGCAGAUGGAAAGAGUGCUCUGUAUCCUGUGGAGAGGGGAUUCAGCAGAGGGACAUCUCCUGUCAGGUGGCAGGCUUGGGGCGGGUGAGUGACGCCCUGUGCCGCCGUGACCGGCGCCCCGCCAGCACGAGGCACUGCCAGCUGCCCGCCUGCCUUCUGUACCACUGGCUGGCACAGCAAUGGGAAAAUUGCUCAGCAUCAUCUAGAAGAAAGGAGAUAUACAGGAAAGUAAAAUGUGUGAAUGAAAACCAGCUCCAAGUGGAUGAAAGCUUCUGUGAUCCAGCCACAAAGCCUCCAUCAUCCAAAACCUGCAGAGUAUCUCCCUCUAAAUAUGUUGUGCUCACAGGAGAACUGUCACAGUGCUCAGAGAGCUGUGGGUUUGGCUACCAGCAGAGGAUCCCUUACUGUGUUGGAACCCACUCUGUCCAAAGCCGGCACAUCCACGGCCUUCGGGCUGUAGCGUACCGAGAGUGCCCGGUACAGCCAUCCCCCUACACUUACAGAUGCAAUGUCAAAGGAUGCUCACAAGCAGCUACCUGGACAGUGGGGAAGUGGACCAAAUGCUCAGCAUCUUGUGGAGUGGGGAUAAAGCAGAGAACAGUGGAGUGUAUGACUGAAAAUGGCUUAUCUAGUGACUUGUGCCUGCCUCAUUUAAAACCAGAUGCCAGAAAGAUCUGCCAUGAGAAAGAAUGUGAAAUUCUUACCACCUGCAAAGAUAUGCAGAUUAAAAAAGGGAUGAGAAGGGAUGGUGAAUACCUACUUAACAUUAAGGGAAGGAUGAUAAAGAUUUAUUGCUCAGGCAUGAACUUAGAGAAUCCCAAAGAAUAUUUGACACUGAUAAAAGGUGAAGCAGAAAACUUUUCUGAAGUAUAUGGAUACAGGUUGCAGAAUCCAUAUGAAUGUCCUUUCAAUGGAAGCAGAAGGCAAGACUGUGCCUGUCGAAAUGAUUACCUUGCAGCUGGCUUCACAGUUUUUAGCAAAAUAAGAUUUGAUGUAGCUUCUAUGCAAAUUAAAACUACAGAUUUUCUUUUUGCUCAGACUAUACUUGGGAGAGCAGUACCAUUUGCUACAGCUGGAGAUUGCUACAGUGCAGCCAGAUGUCCACAGGGCCAGUUCAGCAUUAACUUGGCUGGUACAGGUCUGAGAUUAUCCAGUACAGUGAGAUGGAUUGCUCAGGGCAACUAUGCUACUGCUGAUAUACACAAAUCCCACGUGAGUCAAUGCUGUUUUCCUUCACCUGCUCUUACAUCUCGGACAAGAGGUACAAGUGUUGACUGCAGGAAAAGCUACAGUGAUUUCUGUGAAUCAGAAAUAGCAUUCAAGGCCUCUGACCCAUUUAAGUUUUCUUCAACAAUGUUUAAUCACACUGUCCAGUAUCUAAAUCAGAUCAGCACUCCCUGCCUACCCUUCACUUAACUGGUUUUGAGAGGUUAUUGUAUUAAUUUGGUUUAUUAGAGGCUUUGAAGAUGCUUCUAAAAAAUACCAACCACAACACCAAUCCUCCACAUUUUGUUGAAGAUCAUCCUACUACAGAUGAUCCUUUUUGUUUCUUUCUGCCAUCUUUAUUAGCAUGGAAAACCAAAAGACCAGUUAAACAAGAACAGUAAGUGUGCAUGGUUUAAGACAACAUUGAAUGGUAAGCCUGGGAAUGGUGGAGAGCCUGGGAGCAAGGUGUAGAGUGGUAGUGAUAAAGGAUCUCUGUUCCUGUUUUGCUAAUGCUGCUGUCUCUUGGUUUAGUGUUUCUAGGUAUGAUUUGUCAAAAGGUUUUUGUUGUGUGCAAACCUCAAGAAGCUUUCUGUGCACUGUGAUUUCAAUCGCGUUUCUUGAUUGAUUCUUCUCUUUGUCUAAUUCCCAGGAUGGUACUAAAGUAUAUGGAAGAUGUGGAGGAUUUUGUGGAAAAUGUGUUCCUAACACAAUUAUUGGUCUCCAACUUCAAAUACAGUGAGAACUCUGAUGUACUAGGAGCAUCAAAGCAGGGACAUUUGCCAUUUAGGUUCAAACUGUAGGUGCUCUGCAUGUGUAUAUUGAAAUUUUUUCGUGUCUGUAGUGUUCAUUACUGUAUUGUUCACUAAUAAGAAUUCCUGUUUUCUUCAGGAUUUACUCAAGGUUAUAUUAUCUGUUUGUGGGCUAGCAAGUGCAUAAAUCACAAUCAGAAACCUUCAGGUUUCACAGAAGAGGUAUUUAUUCAGAGUACAGUAUGUGCUAACAGGUAAAUUGCACUGGGAUUACUUCCAUGUGUAACACUCUAAAUUUUACCAUUACUGUAAUUCUUUACCUGUAACUUAACAGUAUAAUUCUUUAUUCAGUAUUCAGUAAGAUUUAUCCUCUGCUGAUCUUUUUUGAUAGAUUCUGCUAAAAUAUAGAAAGGAAAGCUUUACUGCUAUAUAAAGAGACAGGUAAUUUCAAUAUUUCCAAUUUUAUACAAACUUGUAGGGAUUAUCUGUCAAUAACACUAGCUGAAAAGUACAUAGCCAAAAUGCUUGAGAUAGUUUUAUAGAUCUGUGUGUUUCUCUGUCAGUGAAAGCAUUUUCCCCCAUCCCUUUCAUUAUAUUUUUGUGGUGCUCAAAUCCUAGCAGAAAUACUGAGAAGCGUGGUUUAACCUCUGCAGUCUCUGUAGCACAUUAAACAUCAGGUCUUAAGUUUGCUGUGGUUACAGGAACAGAAAAUAUGGAAACAAAUUGCUUGAAAACCUGAUUUUAAAUCGCUGCCUCUCAUCCAAGUAUACUGGGAAAGCAGUGCAUUCUGUUUACCAUAGGAUCUUGUGUAUUAUUGCACAAAUAUGGAUUUGCUCUAACACUUUCCAUAUCCACCUUACUCCUUUACCCUGGCCAAUGGCACAUUAGUAAAGGCUGCAGCUGUGUGCCUCCUUCAAAGUCUGAUUCAGCAUCAUUUUCAAUAACCUUAGUGAACAAUCUGAACAGAGGCAGCACUCCCUGUGGUUUUGGUGUCCAUCUUUGACUCAGUUUGGUUUUCAAUGUCUGUAAACACAGUUCUAACAUCUUCUAUUUAAAGAAGAGUUACAAGGUUUAAAAAAUGAUCCAGCUCUUUGAUUUGUUGGUUUAUAUUACUUUACAGUCCAGAACUGAAGAAAUAUAUGAAUAUACAGAUAAUGUGCUUUAGGGCCAACUCUCAGGUAUUCAGAAUUAAAUUUUCUACCAGCAUAAUAAUGUAUCUUAUUGUACCAGAUAACUAUAAUGUGCCAAAUAACUAUACCUGCUUUUUCUGACCACACACAUUCUGUAAACCAAAUAUUUAUUUUGCAUGCCAGUAUAAUUGAUAGAUCAAGUGGCAGCUAUAUCACAUUUUUACCCACAAGAAGUUAGCCAUAAAUUAGCAAUAUUUAUUAAUUAAAAACAAUACUGUACCACAGAAGUGUAUGCAGCUUCUUUUAAGAUAACACUUAUAGGUAAUUAUUUUGUGAUCUCUGCAUCAGAAAUGUAUUUUUGCACUAUGUGCCUUAUAAUAGUUGUAAACAUUAAUAAGACUAUAAAACAUUAUUUUCCUAGAAGUGUUUACAUUUGCAAUUAAAAUCUUAUAAUUUAUAAGAUAUUUAUAUAAUAAAUAUACUUGUGUGAAUGGUACCAGGGUACUUUUGUUUGGGUUCUUUUUGGUAUUGCACUCUAAGUACAAAACAUUGCAAAAACAUUUCAGAUUCUUUAAGCUGAAAUAAUUCACAGAUAAAUUGCAUUCUUAAAGCUUCUCUACAGUGGUAUACAUUGACUUCUACUGGAAUAACUGGAGGCUAUGGUUACAGGAAUAAUUUCUAUAGAAGCAAAUCCUACUUCAGAGGGAAGAGGGAAGACAUGUCUGUCUGCUCUUUCCAGUUAUCCUCCCACAUUUAGCUAUGUUGUCUGGGGGAUUGCCCUAUAAGUUGCUAAUUGAAAUAAUGCAGAAAUAGUUUUGCCCUCUUUGUGCUAACUGCAGCUUUUAUAGCAUAGUCCCUUGCCUACUGCUUUGGCAGAAGGGCCACUGCAGUUUGCCUCUAUCCCCAAGAGGACUUUUUUAGUUUCAGCUCAUUUAAAGGCUACAAAGCAUUCAGCUCUGCUGCCACAAAGUCACUUUGUAAAUCCAGUGCCAAACAAACUGACUUUUAAUGCAUUAUUCAAUACAUCAUUUUUUCUUGUAUAAUAAAAUGUAUUUUGAGUAAAAAUGUAUUUUCUAAACUUCUAUGAUAUCAUGUCUUCCAACUUUUGCAUGGAACAGCACUAUAUUGUAUUGUAGAUUUUUGCAUCUCUUCUUUCUUAUACCCUUGAUUUAGAGUUUCAGCCCUACUGUAGGGAAAAAGUAAUCCUUAUGUUCUGACAUUUUGUGACUCCCCUGUGUAAGAUUUUUUUUUUUUUUUGAGGAAAAAGGGCUCAAUCAGUCAUCACCCUUUUCAAGUUCCUAACUUUUUGUCCUGAGUGCAAUUGGGUAAUUUAAGAAAAAUAUGAGCCUAAUGAUCAGCUCUGAAGAAACUGGAGAUUUGAUGAUGCUGACAUGUUAGGAGGUCAUGCAAACAAAAAAGAGGAUCAUGGGUUGUACUUGCAGUAAGAUGUUUCCAUAUGCUUUAGUUGAAAUUGCUCUGAAUUUCCAUCCCACUGGGCAGCCAAGAUGCUUGCCAGAAUGACAGGGUGCCCCAUGACAGAGCUGUGAGCUCCUCCUCCUGGGGCUGCCCGUGGCUGGUCACAGUGACACAGCUCUCCUGCUUGGGUUCAUGCUUAGGAAAUGAAGGGCAUAACUGCUUAUCACUAUUCCAUAGGGGAAAAAAUAAUGAGAAAUUGUAAUAGCUAAAGAGGACGGUAACAAUGCUUUGUUAUAUGGCUUCUAGGAUCUUUUCAAUCCCAUCAGUGGCAGAAUUACACAUUAGGUGACAGAACUGCACUUGGCUCUGUGUGUGCAUGUGCACAUUUAAUGCUUAUCUGAAUAUUAAGGGCCAAAAAGGGACUAGAUAUGAAAAACCUUGUUUCUCACAUUUCUCUAACAAAAUGUCACCUGAUGUGUGACAGUACCUGUGACUUCUCUUGAAGAAUUCAUCCUCUAGAUGUCUUCUACUUGCAUUUCCCCAAAGGUCCUAUGUGGGAGGUAGCAAAGGAGGUGGAAACUUUGGCUCUGGGUACACUUGUCUGCUCUAGCAGAAUUCAUCCUGGUCUGGUGUGCCACUCUCCCUCUGCAGAGAAGCAGGAUGUGCCCAGCUGUUUGUCCUGGAACACGGCUGUUGUACAAUCAGUCAGUCCUACGUUCCUGGGCAGAGCUGGGACUGAACGAUUUCAGGUUUCUGAUGGACAGUCAUGGGUUUUCUUACCUCACUGAAAAACUGUCAUAUCCAAGACACACUUAACAAGAUGAAGGAAAUGUUUGGGGUUUUCUUCCACUUCUGAAACCUGGAAUAUGUUCAGUGUAACUUUUGUGUUUUGUUGGCUAUUUGAAAUGACAGUUCCAUGUAGCAGGGAAGGAGGUUUGGGUCUUUGCAUUUUUAUUGCAGUAAAGUAUGAGAUUCUUGGGAAAUUCAGAAUAUGAAUAAAAUGCUACUGUCUUGCAAGUGCUUUCUAUAUCUUGCAAAGCUUUAAAUAAGAUUAGGAAGGAGUAUGUGGGAUUGUUUUUACAGUUUCCAUAAAGAAACAAAUAGAUAUGAAAGUUGAUGUUCUGUGGCUAUUACGAUUUGCAAAAAUAACUUUGAAGGAAGAUAACUGAAUAUUUAAAUAAGAAAUAUAAAAAUGAGCAUCAUAUAUAAACAUUACAACUGAGAUUUCAAAGUAAUCCAUCUUGGCAGUUAAUCCGUGUUGACAGUAAAUCCAUGUUGGCCUUAUCUAUAAAUUGAAACAAUUUCCUACUGCACACCAAAGAAGCCUGUCAAAGCAUUUUUUGAGAAUUAAUUUUCAUGAUACAAUAGACUUCCAUAUUUCUACUUCUGUAGAAAUUGAAGCAUGAAAUACUAAAGGCUGCACUUAAAUGCCUUGAACAGUUACAUGGGAUCUUACUUGAUGCAGAAAAAGUAUGAGUGGAGGUCACCAUGGCAGAACCAAUAUGAAAUAAUAUUCCUCAGAGGCUAGAAAGUGGCAACUCUGGGGGAGUAUUUUUAUCCUUUAGACAUACUUAUGGUCUCUCUUGUAUGGCUGUUUUGCUCUCCUAUGGUAUUUGACCAUCAUUUCCUGAGCAUUUAUGAUUUUUCAGGAUGGUCUCACUAAUCAUAAUCUAAUCAUUAAAACAUGGAGGGGGGCCCUGUUUCUUUUCUGGUGUGCUUUGAAAAUAAGCUUUAUAGAUCAUAGGAAAAAAAAUACUGCUUUUAAAGGGCAUUCCUGUUCCACAGUACUGGCUUUCCUUGAGACAGAGCAGAACUGUGAUAGUAGGGGUAAACUACCUGCAUUUUGUUCAAACAGAAAUACGAGCUAUCUGACUUGGAGUUGGAUCUGACAUUUAUUAUUGCCAUCCACAGAAGGUGGUUUGCUUUUGCACCGUUGAGUUUAUUUUGCAGUACUAUAGGCUGAGAGGCUUUUCUGGACUUUGUUUAUCCUGGCUUUAAAGAAGCAAUCUGUGCUCUGUUUCUGAUAAAUUUCUCCUUGUGUUCAGUUAUGAUAGAUAUUCCUUUGAGCUGAUUGUAUAAAAAUACUGUAGCAGCAGAGCAGAGCAAAGAUCUAACUGUAUUUAUGUCUAUAUUCUGCCUUUAAACACGAACAGCUGUGCACGCAUUCAUCUGUCUCAUGUCUGACUCUGUGCUGCCAUCCAGAACCUUUUCCUUUUCAAUAAACAAAUGUUUCCCUCUUUAA